AUGGCUGAAUUCAAAUGGGACAACGCCGAUAUCAAGAAGCGCUGGGAGGCGUUCACCAAAUUUGGCGCGGCGACAGCCACUGAAAUGACCGGCAAGAAUUUCGACAAAUGGCUCAAAGAUGCCGGCGUUCUCGAUAACAAGACGAUCACCAGCACAAUGACUGGAAUUGCUUUCAGCAAAAUCACCGGACCGAAGAAGAAGGCCAACUUCGAGGAGACCAAGAAAGUGUUGACCGCUGUUGCCGAGGAUCGCGCUCGUCAAAGCAAGAAACCGGUUCAGGAAGAGCUUGACUCUAUCACUGAACGUCUCUCGAAGCUUGAAGCGCCUUCUGUUGGAAAUGCCGCAAAAGCGAAUGCCGCUGGAGUUUACAGCCGCCUCACCGAUCAUACCAAGUACACCGGAGCCCAUAAGGAGCGAUUUGAUGCCGACGGAAAGGGAAAAGGGAAAUCGGGACGUGAGGAAGUCAAGGAUGAAUCUGGAUAUGUUGCCGCUUACAAGAACAAAGACACCUAUGAUAAAGUCCAUGGAAAAUAA